AUGGACCAAAUCGCCAACCUGUUUGCGACGUAUUCGUCCGCGUCCGAUGAGCCCCAUGACGGCGCCGAGGUCGAUCCGAUGCAAAGGACGAUACCCCUCGCGGUCCUACCCCAACUGAUCGAUACCUUCGAGGAACAACGUGGCACGGUCUUAUUGCAGGAGGAUGAGAAGGACAAGCUGAGGGCAUUCGCGGCGCAGAUGCCGGAGCAACGCGUCGGCGUCGACAUGCUCAUCUCGUUCAUCGCUGCUUCCGCCGCCAACGCUUCGACGACACCGGCAGACGAUGGCACGAACGACGGACACCACAGCGACAACGUUACUUCUGCGACCGAAGCCCAGCUCGAUUUGGACAGCGGUGACAAUGCACCUCGACCGAGCUCACCCACUUCGUCAGCCGUCGCCCUCGGUUUGCUCCAGCCGGAUCCGUUCGACUCGAUCGCCGAUGGCAGUCCUGCACCUCGACGCAGAGCCGAUUCGACCCGCACCCAGUCCGAUACCCCAUCACUGCCCAGCUCGCCCCUCAAUCGAUCCGUGAUCAAGAAGAAGCGCUCCUUCCUUGCUGGCAAACUGUCGUUCGGCGCCUCUCCCGCUCGCUCAUCGACUCCGAGUGGACUUGACGUCUCAAGAGCCUCGGCGGCAACGUUAACGGCGCAGCAGCAUGAUUUAGCCGAUUUGGUCGCGUCAAGAGGUGGGACAUACCUCGGUGUACCUCUCGAUGGAGCGGUUGGGUCGCUCGACGUCAGUGGCAAAGUCGAAUCGAUCCGGACGGCGAUUCGCUCACAGGCCAUCGUCAGUCAUGCUCCGUCCUAGUUGGAACUCAUCAGUUCGAGAUCAGUAGCUCAUUCAUGUCUCGUAUCACGCAGGGCCGGGACAAGGAGCUGGCAACAACAUUGUCCAGCUUGACCUGGCCGCAGAUCAGAGCGAUCGACCGAGCUUAUGAGAAAAAGUUCGGCGCCACCCUGCUGGACUACGUAUCGACCUCAAAAGGGCUCAAGGGGGAGCGUAAGUUCGGGCCUCGUUCCAAAGGACUCGAUUCGGAGCUGACCCUAGUUGGUGUCAACCGAACUUGCAGUCGAGUACGCCUUGCGAGGUUUGAUCAUGGGACCACUCAACUUUGACGUUCAUCUGCUCAGUCGGGCCCUGGAGGGUAGUACCACCAACACCGUCAGUUUGCAGCACAGCCUCAUGCUACCCUCGCACGCUUUGCUUAUGGCAUUCAUUAUGUAUCUCAGUCCCUGCUCAUCGAUCUACUAGUGGCUCGACCACCUUCGGAUGUCGCUUUGCUCCGAGCCGCGUACCGUUUUCGCUCUUCGGCCGCCAACGCGAUACCGGCGACAACGGCUUCGAUCGGAUCUCGACACAAGACGCUCGAUGCUGCGGUCUUGGCCUCGGCGACGUCCAACACCAAGCUCAAGAAGGCGUGGGAGAUCGUCCUCCAGGCCAAAUGGGAGGAUACCGACGAAGAGGGCAACAGCGUCCUUAGCCCCGAGCAACGCAAGGAACUGCUCAACAACGACCUCGACAUGCUCAAAGUCGGCUUGCGUAAGGGGGGCAAUAGCGAUUUCGUAACCAAGAUUAUUCUUGCGCGCUCACCGGCGCAUGUCCAUGCUCUGGCACUUGAGUACCGGAGUCAUCCCCAGUCGUUGUCGCAGUCGAUCAAGCAGGUUUACUCAACGGCUGCACCUGCCCUCGCAAAGCUCCUGCUUCACGCCGUUGAGAAUGGCAAGAACGAUGAUGAAGGCCCAGGGGUGUGGCGCGAUGCAAAGUCGCUCGAAGCGGCGAUCAAGGGGCCCGGCGCAAGGAACGACAUGUUCGCCUGGCGCCUCGUUCGACUGCAUUGGAAUCGACCGAGAUUUGCGCUCGUGCAAAAGGCGUACACCAAGAAGUACAAGAAGCCCUUGCUAGAACGUGUGCUCGCCGAGACGACGCCGGCUUCGGCGUUCCGAGAUGCCGUCCGAGGCGUCAUCAAUUCUGCCUCGCUUGCUGAACCGGCGUUGACGGCUGAGGACGAGCGACGACUUGCGGCCCUGGCUUCGAAGCACAACUCGAAUUCGCUACCGGAGGACGUCAGCAAGGCUCUGGGAGGGGCCGAGUCAUCUGGUGCCAGCUCAUCUUCACCGACCGAACUGGAAGGCACUGGUGAGUUGUCGAAUCCGCCUUCCCCCCGUGCCAACUCGCCCGAAGCAGAGCGAAUCUUAAGUCCCGACGGAGCCUUGUCGCGCUCGUCCUCACCCACCGCCCCGCGCGGUUUCAAAAUCCCACCUUCGGCGUCCGAGCCUAUCCUGAGUCUGGUGGCAGAAGGCCACUCGACCUCUUCCCUUUCGUACAUUCAACGCACGACCCCACUCGAGCCCUUGGGACAUCGACCCGGUUCGUCUGCUCGAGGAAGCCUCGACAGCUCGACUAAUUCGGUCCGGCAUGCUCGACCCAUCGCUCCCUCGCGUCGUCGUCGGCCCAGUGAGGAUCUCAACAAGAGCACAUCGUCUUCAGGUUCUCUGGAAGCUAGGAGCCCUGAUGAAUCAGGUCUUCGAUCCGGAUCCUUGAGCCCCGCCUCCUUCGCUCGCAGUCCGACCCCGACGACGAUGUUGGAAGGAGCCUCCUUCGUCCGUUCGAGGAAUCGCAGCUCGACGCCAACGGAUGGGUCCGAACGACCUUCGAGUCGACGCUCCUCGACCACACCGAGCGAACGGCCUCUAUCCCCUUCGAUGACUUCCCCUCCCGUCUCGACGAUCGACACGACGAGCUACUACUCGGCUCCGAUCUCAUCGAUCAGGCACGAAGACGAGCACGAGCCCUCGGUCAUUUCCAUGCGCUUCUUCGGUGAAGCUCCGGGCAGUCCCGAGACGCCGAUUUCGUAUCGCAUGCAACGCGAUGCAUCAUCGGCCUCGUCUAGUUCGGGCCCCAGUCGUCCGGGAAGCAUCUUCCAAGUGGAAGGCAUGGGUUUGGGAGGUGAUUUCCAACUCGCGGAUUUGCACGACGCAUCACCUUUCACCGGUCGCAACGAUCCCGAGACGACGCAGGGCAUGUGGCGAUAUGCGACGGAGUGAGUCCCCAAACCCAGGUCUAGAGUUUGACGAGGCUGAUAUUCCCAACCUUCUGCUGUGACAGACUGAGCAAGAAGCAUAAAGAGUUGGAAGAUCGACUCUCGACGAGCGCCUCCUCGUACGAAGAACAAAUCAACGAGCUCGAAGGUCGCCUUGAAGAGAUGCGCGCCGAACUUGUCGCCAAACGACGUGAAGAGAAGGACCUGCGCUCAAACGAACGCCAGCACCUGCAGCAGAUCUCGGCGCUCGAAGGGGAAGUGGCCAAGAUGACCAAGGCGUUGGAGAAGGCGCGCGAGUCGUACGACUCGAUGAAACGCAAUUACCUCGAUCAGUGCGAAGAGGCGGAGAAGCUCAGGUCGCUCGUGGCUGAGACGCGAAGGGUGCGUUCAAGGGCAACUUCAGGUGUUGUCCCGUCUAACACACAGCUGACGACCAACUGAGCGUACACAGGAGAAUCGAGCGGCCGAGGAAGCGGCUCAUGCGCAAUCUUUGCAGGCCCAGCAACUCGAGCGAGAUCGCGAGAUCUUGCAAGGGGCCAUUUCGAGGCUCGAAGCGGACCUUAGGCUCGCCAGUCAAGCUCAGGACACCCUCGAUGCGCAGAAACAAGAGAACGUGAGUCGAUCAUUUCCAAGAAGCUACCAUGUGUUUUGGGCCCUGACCCUGAAGCUCCUGCUUUCCUCCUCAGCUCGUCUUGAAAGAGACGAUCGAUCGCUUACGCUUCGAUCUCGAAGAGAUGCAAUCUUCGAAUCGCAAGAGUGGAUUCCUCGAAGGAGGCAUGUCAGGCUCGCCCGAUCGCGGGGGCAUGAACUCGAUGAGUCGAAGUUUAGGCAAGGAGCUGGCGCGCAAUCUCGCGCAAGAAGCGAUGGCUGCAAGGAUAGAAGCAGAGGAGGAGAGUGGGGAGAGUGACGAGGCUGAGGAUAGCGAUGAGGUCAACGAGACGGUCGUGACGACUCAUCGAACGAUUGUGGGUCAGCUUCCUGAUCUGAAAAUCUCCAAGGUCUCUGGCACUGACGUACAAAGCUGGGCGUUCCUAUAGCACAAGAAGAAGACGAAGAAACGCAGUGGCACCUUGACGGGCCCCGGACCAUUUGUGCAACGCCUCCAGCAAUCGAUCGUUCUAGCCGAAAUCGAAACACAGACGGAUGUUCCGGAACUGCGAGCCAUGAACGUUCAGACCGACCUGUCGGGCGCUCAAGUUCGACUCGUCGCCGCACCCCUAAUUGACGAGGAGGUUUCGGUCACCCCGCCACCACGUGCCGCCUCUCCACCACUCACGGAUGGAGAAUUGCGUGCCAAAUUUGCGGAGGAGCUUGGAAUCGAUCUGCUCGACUUCGAUCGUGCGCUCGAAUCGACCAAGAAGGGCACGGUCACAACCUCCUCGCCUCGACAGGCCGUGACCCUGCUCGCGCGCGAACACUUUGGCCCAAGGCGAGCAGGGAGAUACUUGUCUCGCAUGGGUACCAAAGCUGCCACUCAAGCACCUCAGCUCUUCAUCAAUGUACGUGCUUCAGAACUAAUUUGACCUUGCUUCGCAACUUGACUGUGUUGUCAUUCUUUUCCACAACUCGCAGGUGUUCCCGGGCUUCGCCAAGCCUUACGUGGCCCAAAUUCUCGAGUCGUCCCUGACGUUCUGCCUCUACUCGGUUGCCGUCUUCCUCACGGGUUUCAUUGUGAGUUCAGAAACCGGUAAAAUGCGAGGAUUUAUGUUCCACUGAGCCUCAUGUCUGCUCGUGUGGAAUUGUAGAGCGGUACGCUGCUCACUCCGAUCAGCCAUCACCACUACUUCACGCCUUUCCAAGUCCAGUUUGGCGCCAGCGACGUCACGCACAACACGCUGUGGGGUGAGGGAAUGGUACUCGGGAGUAGUUCAGGAGGUCAUGCUAGUGAGGGGCUAGCGUUCUGGCUUGAACGGUCAGUUGCUUAUCGACAUGCGUGGUCUGAUGGGACUGCCGAACUUACUGACCAUGGUCGCAAAAUCCGUUCUCGCGAACAGCAUGGUCUGGAAUGGCGUUUCGAGCGUUCGUCGUGUACCAACUUGA